ACGUCGGUUUUUUUCCACUGCCCACGAGUGCGCAUGCGCAGAGUGACGGGCCCGGGACACGGUGUUCCGAGGCUCGGCUCUUUGGUCCUGACAAGAACCAUCUGUCGAGGCGGCCCGGGAGGAGCAGGGCGAGACCAUGGGGCGGCUGAACGUGGUGAUGCUCCGCUACCUCUCCCGCGACCACUUCAGGGUGCUGACGGCGGUAGAGAUGGGGAUGAAGAAUCAUGAAAUAGUCCCUGCUAGCUUGAUUGCCUCCAUAGCCAGCCUGAAACAUGGUGGAUGUAACAAAAUUCUAAAAGAGUUGGUGAAACACAAACUCCUAGCUUAUGAACGAACUAAAACUGUCCAGGGCUACCGAUUAACUAAUGGAGGGUAUGAUUUCCUUGCCUUGAAAACACUCUCAUCUCGACAAGUUGUUAACUCUGUUGGAAACCAGAUGGGGGUUGGCAAAGAAUCAGAUAUUUAUAUUGUAGCAAAUGAAGAGGAGCAACAGCUUGCAUUAAAACUGCAUAGGCUUGGGAGAACCUCCUUUCGUAAUCUAAAAAACAAGCGUGAUUACCAUAAGCACAGACACAAAAUGUCUUGGCUUUAUUUGUCCCGCCUGGCUGCCAUGAAAGAAUUUGCCUACAUGAAGGCUUUGCAUGAUAGAAAAUUUCCUGUUCCAAAACCAUUUGACUACAAUAGACAUGCAGUAGUAAUGGAACUUGUUAGUGGUUACCCUCUGUGCCAAGUGCAUCAAAUAGAAGAUCCUGCAUCUGUGUAUAGUGAGUUGAUGGAACUAAUUGUAAAACUAGCCAACCACGGUUUGAUUCACGGAGAUUUCAAUGAAUUCAAUCUGUUAUUGGAUAGUGAGGAUCAGGUCACCAUGAUUGAUUUUCCACAGAUGGUGUCAACAUCUCAUCCAAAUGCUGAAUGGUAUUUUGACAGAGAUGUUAAAUGUAUUAGAGACUUUUUUAAGAAGCGCUUCGGCUAUGAAAGUGAACUCUUCCCAACCUUCCAGGAUAUCAGGAGAGAGUGUUCUCUUGACAUAGAGAUUGCAGCCAGUGGCUACACAAAAGAAAUGCAGGAGGAUGAUGAACUGCUUUACCCAGCAGGCCCUGAUGAGGAGGAUUAUAAAACAGUGCUUGUAGACGAUCUUGAUGAGAAAGUAAAUUUGUGUACCGCAGAUGUAGAAAAUAAAGGAAAUUUCACGGAUGAAUUGGAAGACGAUGCCAAAAACAAAUCUUCUAAAGUUUUGGUCUGUAGUAGCAAAGACGUUGAUAUAGCUGACAGUGGUAAAAAAGCACAAAGUUUAGAUAUGACAGAGUUAAGUCAUGUUUUAGAAGAAGCUGAAGGGCAAAUGAAUGCUGGGAAAGCAAAUAGUAAUGCAGAAAGUUCUGCAAUUGAUUUUUCUGAGGAUGAAAAGAGAAUUGAAAAUACAACCAAAAUUGAAGAUCAUGUAGGUCAAGGAGAAGACCCCGCUGACAAAGAAUAUGAAGAUGAAUGCCCUGAUCUGGUCGACUUGCCAUCAUUGCACAGAGAAUUCAUGCCUUUCAGAGAUGAAGAGAGUAUGAUUCACGUGAAUGAACACAGAACGAGAACCUUAAGUGCCACUUCCACCAGCAGUUUUAGGAGCUGUUCAACAAUUCCUCAGGAAUUGGUGAAACAGAAGAUAAAACGUCAACUGACAAAACAACAGAAAGCUGCUCUGAGACGACGGUUACAAAAAGGAGAAGCAAAUGUUUAUACCAAACAGCGUCGAGAAAAUAUGUUAAAUAUUAAGUCAAGUUUGGAUGCCGCUAGCUUCUGGGGCUAAUGCAUUAUAACUUCCAAUGGAAUAGCAAUACUCUUAUCCAUGAUGCAGAGUAUAUACUUGCUUUUUUGGAAAUUGGAUUGCUUAUAUUUAUAGUCAAUAAAUUUCCUCAUGAUU